AUGGAACGUCGUUUUCUUUUCCUUCUCUUUCUAAUUUCUUUUGUUCUCAAAGAGUCUUUUUCAAAAUGCCCAUAUAAAACAGAUGUUAAUGUUCUUAUUUUUGGUGCUGGUACGGCUGGAGUGACAGCAGCUAGGGUCCUCUACGAUCAUAACUUAACCAGUUUUAAAGUGCUAGAGGCGCAUGAUAAAAUUGGGGGCAGAAUAAGAAAUAUUACUUUUAAAGGGGUUCAGAUCGAGGUGGGUGCAAACUGGAUCCACGAAGCACCAGCUAAUACUGAGAGCAGAAGCCAUAACGACAAUCCAAUAUGGAGACUGGCUCGUGGUGAUCACCUUUGCAGUGUUGAUAAAUUGCGUGGGGGUUUUACGGAAAGUUCAAUUUUUAUGGAUUUUGAUAAUGAAACACAACGAUAUCAAGCUGUUAAUACCAGUGAAAUAGAGAAUGACUAUAUUGCAAAGUACAAGGAAGCACUAAAAACUGCCGGAACUAACACUGUCAGGCAAGGACUGAAUAUGAAAGAUUGGUAUCCAGAUUCCCCCUUGAAGCAAUUGGUUGAAUGGAGCGAGUUUGAUUUCACAUAUACUGCAACUCCAAAUGAAUCCGUUGUGUCUUUAACUGCUGAAAAUGAUAAUGUAACUUUUGGUGAAAAAUGCUUUAUAGUAACAGAUCAACGAGGUUUUGCUUCAGUGCUACGAUGCAUGAUAGCAAAUUUUAGUCAUCAUCAGGAUAAAGUAUUAACAAAUGCUAAUGUGACUAGUAUCGAGCUGUAUGAUGAGUGUGUAUGUGCUGAGGUUAUGGGGCAAGGCAGAAUGUGUGGAGAUUACGGUAUAGUUACAUUUUCUAUUGGUGUACUACAAAAAUGGAUUAAAGACAAUAAAUUCAGAGUGACAGAUCAACGAGGGUUUGCUUCAGUGCUACAGUGCAUAGCUAAUUUUGAUCAUCAGAAUAAAAUAUUAACAAACACUGUUGUGACUAGUAUUGACUGGAAUGAUGAGUGUGUAUGUGCUGAGGUUAUGGGGCAAGGCAGAAUGUGUGGAGAUUACGGCAUCGUUACAUUUUCUAUUGGUGUACUGCAGAAUUGGAUUGCAAACAAUAAAUUCAAUGGUAGCCUUAGCAGUGCAAAAAUGAGAGCUAUUACUAAUUCAAGAAUGGGCCUGUAUUUGAAAAUAUUUGUUAGAUUCCCAAGUGUUUUUUGGGAUACCAAUUAUCACUACACUUUUCAUACUAAUUCAACAAAGCGUGGGUAUUAUCCUGUUCUACAACCAAUUGGAGCAUCACUUCCUGGGUCACCUCCUAUUAUACUCAUGAGUGUCACUGGUGAUGAAGCAUUGAGGAUAUCACGCCUUAGCAAGGAUGAGGUGAGGCAAGAGGUUGUUGCUGUAUUACGUGAAUGGUAUAACAAUGAUAACAUUCCUGAAAUUACUAAUGAUGAUAUUGAAUAUUAUGCCUGGAAUACUGAUGAGUUUUUCCUUGGUAUGUAUUCUAAUAAUCCUACUACUCUAACAAUUAAUGAUAAACGGAAUCUUGCAAUGCCAGAAGGAAGGCUGUACUUUAGUGGUGAAGCUAACAGUAUUGAACAUGGUGGUGCAAUCCAUGGUGCCUACUGCAGUGGAAUGGAUGCAGCAACUAGUAUACUAACAGCAAAGGGAACGUAUAAUGAGGCGAGCAAUUCAUUGCCUAAAUGCCUACCAUCUUCAGCUAAAAGUUUGCAAGCAUCUAUAAUUACUCUUGCUUUGAUUCUAUUAGCUGGUAUGUGGAUAAUGACAUAG